GUCCGGCUAGCAUCUGCUGAAGAAGAGUUGGGCUGAGUCCAGUGCAGGGCCGCUUCUUGAUCUUAGCAGUCAGCUAAGAAUUCCUUUGUCAGAUUCAGCGUCAACAUGGCCGAGGAGUGCAUCAUUCGGAUCCCACCCCAUCACUACAUCCAUGUCCUCGACCAGAACACCAACAUUGCUCGGGUCGAGACGGGCCCUAAGACCUACAUCCGCCAGGACAAUGAGAGGGUUCUGUUCCAUCCCAUGAAGAUGACAAUGGUGCCUCCUCGUCAUUACUGUGUGAUCCUUAACCCGGUGCUGCGAGAUGAUGAGGGACGUGUCCAGUUUGAUGACCAAGGCCAAGUAAAACUGCGUUAUGCUGACCAGGAGAUUCGCCUUGCUCAAGACCCCUUCCCUCUGUAUCCUGGGGAAGAGCUGAAGCAGGACAUCCUCACCCUGGAGAUUGUGUUCCCCAACAUGGCAUUGCAUCUGCAGGCUCUCCUUGACUUUGAAGAUGUUGGUGGUGUCAAGCGGGUGGCUGGUGAUGAGUGGCUGUUUGAGGGACCAGGUACCUACAUACCAUGCAAAGAGGUGCAGGUGCUCGAGAAGAUCCAAGCCACAGUUAUCCAACACAACCAGGCCAUUCGCCUGCGAGCCAGAAAGGAAGGAGUUGACCGUGGAGGAGUGGAAAGGGUGACUGGAGAAGAAUGGCUGGUCAGAAAGGUGGGUGCCUACCUCCCCGGCGUCUAUGAAGAGGUGGUGGACAUCGUGGAAGCGUACAUCCUGACAGACAAGAAAGCUCUUCAUGUCCGUGCCUUGAAGCCUUUCCGCGACUUCCGUGGAAAUAACCGACGGACAGGAGAAGAGUGGCUCAUCACCAACGACGAGGCUGAAGCCUACAUCCCGGAGGUGUCUGAGGAGGUGGUGGGUGUUGUGGAAGUCACGACUUUGGACCCCUGGCAUUACUGUGUCAUCCUGGAUCCUGUGGGACGUGACGGCAAACCACAGCUGGGCCAAAGGAGAGUGGUGAAGGGUGAGAAGUCCUUCUUCCUACAGCCUGGUGAACGGCUGGAAGAAGGGAUUCAGGAUGUCUACAUCUUGUCUGAGGAGGAGGGCCUGGUGCUGAAGGCUAUCAAAGGUUUCACUGAUACACAACUGGUGGAUAAAGAUGGAGACGAGGAGACGGAGGAGGUGACCCGGCGCCCUGGAGACUGCUGGAUGCUACGUGGACCCCUGGAAUAUGUGCCUCCGGUAGAAGUGGAGGUGGUGACGAGGCGAAAAGCCAUCCCGUUGGAUGAAAAUGAGGGCAUCUACGUGCGUGACAUGAAGAGUGGCAAGGUUCGAGCCGUCAUUGGGGAGACCUACAUGCUCACCCAUGAUGAGGAGCUGUGGGAAAAGGUGCUGCCCAACAACGUGGAGAAGCUUCUGGCUGAAGCCAAGGACCCUUUAGCUGACCGCUCAGAGAGGCAAAGUACCUCCUCGACUUUGCCCAUCAGAGAUCGGACCAGAGUGGUGUCUUACCGGGUGCCUCACAAUGCUGCCGUCCAAGUUUAUGAUUACAGGGACAAGAAAGCUAGGGUGGUCUUUGGACCAGAAAUGGUGAUGCUGGGUCCUGACGAGCAGUUCACAGUCCUCAGCCUGUCUGGAGAUCGGCCUAAGAGAUCCAAUGUGAUCAAAACCAUCUGCCUGCUGCUGGGCCCUGACUUCUGCACCGAUAUCAUCAACAUCGAGACCGCUGACCACGCCAGGCUGCAGUUGCAGCUUUCCUACAACUGGCACUUUCAUAUUAAGGACAAGUCUGACACUGUGGAGGCGUCGUGCAUCUUCAGCGUCCCAGAUUUUGUGGGCGAUGCCUGCAAAGCCAUUGCCUCUCGCAUACGUGGAGCCGUGGCCUCCGUCCAGUUUGAUGACUUCCACAAGAAUUCCAAUCGGAUCAUCUGCUCGGCCGUGUUUGGCUUCGACGACACCAUGAAGGUGCGCAACAAUUUCACAUUCCCCCAGAAUAACCUGGUGAUCACCAGCGUGGACAUCCAGUCGGUGGAGCCCGUCGACCAGCGCACCCGGGAUGCCCUGCAGAAGAGCGUGCAGCUGGCCAUUGAGAUCACUACCAACUCACAGGAGGCAGCAGCCAGGCAUGAGGCUGAACGCCUGGAGCAGGAGGCUCGUGGCAAGCUGGAAAGACAGAGGAUCACAGAUCAGGCUCAGGCCGAGAAGGCAAGGAAGGAGCUGCUGGAGCUGGAGGCACUGAGUGCUGCGGUGGAGAGCACUGGUGCGGCAAAGGCCGAGGCUCAGUCCAAGAUGGAGGCAGCAAAGAUUGAGGGUGACUGUGCAGUGAUGCAAGCCAAUCUGAAGUCACAAGCCCUGAAGAUCGAAGCGGAGGCAGAGCUGGCCCGGCUGGUGAAGGCUCGCGAGCAGGAGCUGGAGUACGUCCGUGAGCAGGACAAACUGGAGGUGGACAAGGCAGCCAAGUUGGCCGAACUGGAGAUCAAGAAAUUCCAGGAGAUGGUAAAGAGCAUCGGGGCAGACACCAUCAAGGACAUUGCCACGGCUGGCCCAGAGCUUCAGGUGAAGAUGCUUCAAGGCCUUGGCCUGCAGUCGACACUCAUCACCGACGGCUCAUCGCCCAUCAACCUCUUCACCACUGCACAUGGCCUGCUUGGCUCCCUUAAGCCCAUCGAGGGAAAAAGUAGCAGUGGGUGACACGGAGAGAGACUCGGUGGGGAGCACCGGAGAACCGAGUCAUGCCAAAGAGAGAGAAGAUGCCCUGACUGUGUGCUGCUUUUCCCGCUUCUGGCCGAGGCUGCCUUUCUGAACCUUUGCACUGUGUAUUCUGCUCUGCUGCAAUAAAGAUAACCUUCUGUACGGAG